GUAACAGAUUGUCUGCAAGUCAGACGCUAAUAUUCUCAGAUAAAUGAAAGUCAAAUGUACAAGAUGAUGGGCAUCAAGUCGGCAUUACUCAAUAGUUUUCUGAUGAAUCUUGGUAUUUUUCAACUGACUCUCUGUUCAAGUGUAAACAAUGGGACAAGAGACGCGAGAGUUAGAGUGGAAGAAACGGUCAAUGUUACGCCGAUAUUGAAUCGAAUCUUGAAGGAUUAUGACAAAUAUGAGAGGCCCUUCAUUGGUGGCAAACCUGUGCAGAUAGGUGUACGAUUCUUGAUCAUCUCCGUGAACCACGUGUCUGAAGAAGACAUGGAGUUCCAGAUGAGUGUUGAUAUCGUUCAAAGAUGGAUCGAUCCUCGCUUGGCAAUUAACAAAACAGCCAAUUCUGCCAUGUUCCUGAGCGGAGAAAUAAUUGACAAGAUAUGGCUCCCUGAUACAUUUAUCCAAAAUGCUAGAAAAAUUGAAGUCGAUGCCAAAACUAACACUGUGAUGCUAUAUGCUAACGGCACCGUAGAUUACGCAUACAGGGCUUUUGUAACUGUUAUGUCAACGAUGCAUUUCUAUGAUUAUCCCAUGGAUCAUCAAACUCUUCAUAUUCAAUUAUUCAGCUAUAGAUACACGACUGACAAGAUCAAGUACACAAAUAUUAACGGUUCCGUGAACUAUGCAGACGUCGUGGGUUUCAUCGUACACAGAUAUGAAAUGAAGGAAGGCUCUGAAGUUUACUAUAGUGGUGAAUACAGUUACCUGUUACUAUCGAUAACCAUAGCCCGUCGCCUUGGUUACUUCAUCAUGCAAUUCUACUUCCCCUGCAUUCUGUGUGCAGUCGUAUCAUGGCUGCCAUUCUGGAUGGAUCGUUACGAGAUCGGUGACCGCGUGUCCCUAGGUAUCACUACCUUGUUAACAGAAGUGUUCUUGUCUCAGUACAUCAACAGUGCCAUGCCUCAUGUCAGUUACAUCAAGGCGGCUGAUGAAUUCAUUCUCACUACCUUCAUCUUCAUUUUCUUGGCCUUAAUGGAACACGUGAUCGUGUAUGCUGUACGAGAAGACACUAAAGAAAAGGAACAAGGUGAAAUGCCUUCCUUCAAGCAGGCAUUUACCAACAACCUUUGCCAAGAAGUAACGAAUGAAAAUCCCAUCCAAGUAACUACAGAAGACAACAAUGAGGGAACCAAUAAGAUAGACAUGAUGCACAAAGAAGUUGAAGCCAAACCAGAUCGUUCUCUUCUUGUUGACAAAAUCUCUCGCGUUCUUUUUCCUCUUAGUUAUCUUACGCUUGUAGCAAUAUAUUUUAUAGUACACACUUGUAAAUAAAGCACAUCAAGGCCACUUCA